AUGGGCUCGGUGGGAUCCGAGCGCUUCAAGGAGCUGAGCCCAGUGGGAACGCCGGAGGGGAACGUGGUGAUGAGCUUCAGCUUCGACAGUUACCAGCUGGAGGAGGACGAGCUGCAGCGGGGCAGCCAGGCCAAGGGCGUCCUCACCUUCAUGGAGCCGGUUUCUGAGGAUCCCGAGCCGCAGGAUCGAUACCAUGGGAUUUACUUCGCCAUGCUGCUGGCUGGGGUGGGAUUUCUCCUGCCGUACAACAGCUUUAUCACCGACGUGGACUAUCUGCACCAUAAAUACCCAGGGACCUCCAUUGUCUUCGACAUGAGCCUCACCUACAUCCUGGUGGCCUUGGUGGCCGUCAUCCUCAACAACGCGCUGGUGGAGCUGCUGAGCUUGCACACCCGGAUCUCUGUGGGCUAUCUCUUCGCCCUGGGGCCGCUGCUCUUUGUCAGCAUCUGUGAUGUGUGGCUGGAGCUCUUCAGCCGCCGGGAAGGCCACUGCUGCAAUAAUCCCUCCUUCUCCUCUCUGUGCAUCUCUCCUGAAGUGCAGCAAUCCAGCUUCUAUGGCUACACGGGGCUGCUGCCCAAGCGCUACACACAGGGGGUGAUGACGGGCGAGAGCACCGCCGGGGUCAUCAUCUCGCUAAGCCGUAUCUUCACCAAGCUGCUGCUGUCAGACGAGAAGGAGAACACGGUCAUCUUCUUCUUCAUCUCCAUCGGCAUGGAGCUGACGUGCUUCAUCCUCCACCUCCUGGUCAAGCGCACCCGCUUCGUCCGCUACUACACCUCCUGCUCGCGCAAGGGUCUCCCUGAGGAGCGGGGAACCGGUGACCACGGGACGGGCUACCGCGUCCACCACGAUGUCACCGCGGAGGACAUCCACUUCGAGAACAGGCAACGGGGACAGCUGAGCCCCCCCCGGGGCAGCCCAGGCCAUGAAGCUGAGCUGGCUGGAAGCGGCACCUACAUGCGCUUUGAUGUCCCUCGACCCAAAAUCAAGAGGAGCUGGCCCAGCUUCAGAGACAUGCUGCUCUACCGCUACGUCGUGUCCCGGCUCAUCUGGGCCUACAUGCUCUCCAUCGCCAUGACCUACUUCAUCACGCUGUGCCUCUUUCCUGGGCUGGAGUCAGAGAUCCACAACUGCACACUGGGGGAGUGGCUCCCCAUCCUCAUCAUGGCCAUCUUCAACCUCUCCGACUUCGUCGGCAAGAUCCUGGCUGCCCUGCCCUAUGACUGGAGAGGGACCCACCUCCUCGUCUACUCCUGCCUCCGCGUGGUCUUCAUCCCCCUCUUCAUCAUGUGUGUCUAUCCCAAUGGAAGGCCCACCUUCGGCCACCCCGCCUGGCCCUGCAUCUUCUCCCUCCUCAUGGGCAUCACCAAUGGCUACUUCGGCAGCGUUCCCAUGAUCCUGGCUGCUGGCAAAGUGAGCCCGGAGCAGCGGGAGCUGGCAGGGAACACCAUGACCGUGUCCUACAUGACAGGCUUGACGCUGGGCUCGGCCGUGGCCUAUUUCGCCUACAGCCUCACCAGCACAUCCCACAGCAGCUGUUUCUACACCGAAACCUCCAACAGCUCCUUUACGUUGGGGUACUGA